AUGCCCGAUCUCUCGCUUUACGCUGUUGAAGCACUCUUAAUUUUGGAUUCUGAAGGUAAGCGGAUAUACACGAAGUACUAUAACAGCCCACAUGAGAAGGCAGAUCAAACAUCUCAACAACCUAAGACAUCGUUGAAGCAACAGAAAGAGUUUGAAAGCAGGCUUUUCAAGAAGACGCACAAGCAAAACACAGACAUCUUACUUUUCGAAGAUAGCUUGGUGCUUUACAAAGAAUACGUUGACGUUUCGUUGUAUUUGAUAGGCUCCGCUGAUGAAAACGAAUUGGUGCUACAACAAGCGUUUACAGCUGUCAAAGAUUCGAUAGAUUUGGUGCUGGUAACCGGUAUAGACAAAAAGAAUAUUUUGGAGCAUUAUGAUAUGGUGGCAUUAGCUAUUGACGAAACGGUGGACGACGGGAUCAUUUUGGAGACGGAUCCAGCCACAAUUGCUUCUCGUGUUACCAAGCCUCCGACGAAGGACAUCCCAAUCAAUAUUGAGCUAAGUGAGAAGGGUCUUCUAAGUGCUUGGGGCUUUGCUAAGAGCAAAUUGGCCGAAAGGCUGCAGCAGGGUUUGUAA